AUGCAAGCUUUCGAGGCAUUUAUGGACGACCUGGAGCGGGUGAUCCGGUCAGCAGGCGAUAGCGGCAGGGGAGUACUGGUGGGCGGCGACUUCAACACCCGCUCGCCGACAUGGGACCCAGCGGUGAGCAACCGCAGGGGGGAGCUUUUGGAGAGAUGGGCGGCGUCGUGCGGAGUAAGCCUGCACAAUGAUGGGUGCACGGCAACGUGUGUCAGGGCGCAGGGCUCAUCAGUUGUCGACCUGACGUGGUCGACGCCGAGCCUGACGCCGACGGUGCAGCAAUGGCGGGUCCUCACGGAGAGGGAGACGCUCUCGGACCACCUCUACAUAACGUACGAGAUACGGGGCCCCCGGCGCGUAAAAUCUGGGGACGGGGGUGGACACGCACGGUGGAACUGGCGCAAAUUCAACGCAGAAUGCUUCCGGGAAUCCCUAGACACUUGUCUGGCAUGGGGACCAACGGGAGAGGACCAGACCACGUUGGCCGGCCUCGCUGCAUGGGUGGAGAGGACCAUGACGCAGGCCUGCGACGCGGCCGCUCCCAGAGCUCGAACCAAGAGCUCGAACCAAGAGCCAAGGCGCCUCACCAGGGACAGGAGAGCGGCCAGCGGCCCCCACCACGACAUAGAGGCCGAAUACCGGGCCAGUAAGCGGAGGCUGCGGGACAGCAUUAAAGCAGCGAAGGCCAAGGCCUGGGAAGACCUCGUGGGCUCCGUGGAAUCGAACCCAUGGGGCAUACCCUACAAACUAGUGCUGGGCAGGCUCCGCACCGCCUCGAGGGGGCUGACGGAAAACCUCGACAGCGAAACUCUGGGGAGGCUCCUCACGGCGCUAUUCCCAAGAGGAGAGGGCAGCGUGCCGGUAAGCCAGGAAGACCGGAGCUGGAACGAGGGAUAG